AGCCCGGCUGUUCACACACGUGUUCACGCAGGGCGAGUCGCAGCGGCAAGGAUCUGGGAUCGUGCAGUCUGCGUGUAGCUGCUCAACGCUCUUGUUGCAGAGCGUUUACUGUCUCACUUCUACCCUUAGACAUACACAAAUAGAAUUAACAAUGCUCCGUUUAGCGACCGCUUUGCGCCGAGUGCGACCUGUUUCACUGCUACUUGCACCUCGGCUCAGCCGAGCUUACGCCAAGGAUGUGAAGUUCGGCUCUGAAGCCCGGGCUCUCAUGCUGAAAGGUGUCGACCUGCUCGCCGAUGCUGUGGCCGUUACCAUGGGGCCAAAGGGUCGAACAAUCAUUCUUGAACAGAGUUGGGGAAGUCCUAAAGUGACAAAAGAUGGAGUGACAGUGGCUAAAGCAAUCGAGUUAAAAGACAAGUUCCAAAAUAUUGGUGCCAAGCUUGUACAAGACGUUGCCAACAACACAAAUGAAGAAGCGGGUGAUGGGACCACCACUGCAACAGUUCUUGCAAGAGCCAUCGCUAAAGAAGGGUUUGAAAAAAUCAGUAAAGGAGCUAACCCAGUGGAGAUUAGACGAGGUGUAAUGCUGGCUGUAGAUGUUGUAAUUAAUGAGCUGAAAAAAAUGUCCAAACCAGUUACAACUCCAGAAGAAAUUGCUCAGGUGGCUACUAUUUCAGCUAAUGGCGAUAAGGAGAUUGGUGACCUUAUCUCUGAUGCAAUGAAAAAGGUUGGACGCAAAGGUGUCAUCACCGUCAAGGAUGGCAAAACACUUCACGAUGAGCUUGAAUUGAUUGAAGGAAUGAAAUUCGACCGAGGUUAUAUCUCUCCUUACUUCAUCAAUGCGGCUAAAGGCCAGAAAUGUGAAUUCCAAGAUGCAUACCUUCUACUCAGCGAAAAGAAAAUCUCAAAUGUGCAGUCUAUUGUGCCAGCGUUGGAGAUCGCAAAUACCCACCGUAAACCACUGGUGAUCAUCGCUGAAGAUAUUGAUGGAGAAGCACUCAGCACAUUGGUGCUGAAUAGGCUGAAGGUUGGCUUGCAAGUUGUUGCUGUAAAAGCACCUGGAUUUGGUGACAACAGGAAGAACCAACUAAAGGAUAUGGCCAUUGCCACCGGUGGUACAGUAUUUGGGGAUGAGGCAAUUGGCCUGAAUGUGGAGGACGUGCAGGCUCACGACUUUGGUAAAGUUGGUGAGGUGGUCGUGACCAAAGAUGACACCAUGCUCCUGAAGGGAAAAGGUGACAAGGAUGCAAUCGAAAAGCGCAUUGAUGAAAUUACAGAAACAUUGGACGUUACCACAAGUGACUACGAGAAGGAAAAGCUAAAUGAAAGGCUGGCUAAGCUAUCAGAUGGUGUGGCUGUGUUGAAGAUUGGUGGUACCAGUGAUGUGGAGGUGAAUGAGAAGAAAGACAGAGUAAAUGAUGCACUCAAUGCCACUCGAGCUGCUGUGGAAGAAGGGAUCGUUCUUGGUGGUGGAUGUGCUUUGCUGCGGUGUAUUCCAGUAUUGGAUGCUCUCACGGCAAUCAAUGAAGAUCAAAGAAUUGGAAUUGCAAUUGUUUCAAAGGCUCUGAAAAUACCUGCCAUUACAAUUAUCAAAAAUGCUGGAGCUGAAGGGAGCUUGAUUGUGGAGAAAAUCAUGCAGAGUCCACCAGACAUUGGCUAUGAUGCAAUGACUGGGGAAUUUGUAAAGAUGGUGGAGAAAGGAAUUAUUGAUCCCACUAAGGUUGUACGGACUGCCUUGAUGGAUGCAGCUGGAGUUGCCUCUCUCCUAGCCACAGCCGAAGGUGUAGUUACAGAGCUUCCAAAAGAUGAGAAGGCACAAGGAAUGGGGGGUAUGGGUGGCAUGCCUGGUGCUGGUAUGGGAGGUGAUAUGUUUUAAUUCCCUUGCUGCAAGGUUUACUAUGGCCUGAGGUGACUGCUUGUAUGGUCUCAGUGCAAUGGCUGCUCCGAUGGAAGACUACAAGAGAGACAUGACUAUGAACCAAGCUUUACGGAAACUCUCAUCAUUGAAAUAUUUGUAAUUAAGUUGAUCUCAGUUGGACUGUGCUGGAUCUCAAAUAACUUGUUGACUGCCCUCAUUGUCAGUGCUAAGAAUUGUAAUUUAUUUUGUAUUCUGAAUAAAAUCAACAUUUGUACAUUCCUGGAAGUACUGAAUGUGAAGAUGUUACUUAUUGAUUUUAUUGUAACAGUAUUGUGCUGACAAUCUUUUAAAGGCACAGGUAACAAAUGAUCAAGGGAGGUUUUCUGUGAAAAACAACUGAUCUAUAUACCAUCCAGUACAGUACAAAAUAUCAUGUAACAUUGCCUUAAAAUAAAAGCAGAUAGUUACCUUUA